AGGACCGUGUCUAAGAGUGAAAAAAUGGCGGACUGGUCUAAGGAUGAGUUCAUGCAAUCAUGGGACGAAAAAUAUGUCACCACUAAUCUCAAACCUGGUGACAAGCUAUACAAUGCUGAGGUGUUCUUGGCUCUGAACAAACGGCUCUGUGAAGACGCGCCGGAGCUCAAGCCAGUCAGUCAUGCGAUCAUUAUGGCUGCUUGCUCUGCGUUGGGCAGAGCUGAUGUCGUGGGAAAGUAUUUCGACGAUGUCACCAAGCAGUCGACUCCAGAGGAAUCACAAGCGGUGUUUCUUAAGCUCAGAGAGGGCAUGGCCUGCAUAUAUCCAUUUGUGGGGAUGCCUGCCUUGAUUCCUGGCGCUUUUGGCAUGAUUGGGGUGAUCAAGCGGAAGGGUGAGGAGUAUGCCACGCUCCAAAAGUUCAGAAAGGGAACUAUCGACGAGGAUAAUAUCCGCAAAGGCAACGACAUACGGAAAAUCAUUUACAAGACUGCUGGAAAUUCAGAGAUCAUGGAUCCGUUCUCGAAAUUUUUUGCUGAGCUUUACAAUGGAUCUACGGCAUUCACAUGGGGCUAUCUGCUAGCUGCUGCUAGCGACAAUGUUUUUGAUCUUCCUCACACCCACUUCAUUGUAGCUACUGCCAUUACAGCAUUGGGAGCUACACGCCAGACGAGAAGUCAUCUCAAGGCUACCAUGGGAGCAGGAAACAGCACCUCGGCGGUCAAGGCAAUGGUGGACGUGGUCAGUGAAAUUGCAACAUGGGCAGGGAGGCCUAUAGUACAACCUGAUGUAGAUGCUUUAGCUGAGGAAGUUCGUUCAAGUUUGAAGGCAUAG